CCGCCGCCGCCCGCCCGUCGUCCAUGGGCUUGACUUUCAUCAUGAGUUCUGAGUUGAAUGUCCCUGUUGACCCUCCGCCUUCCACCUGCUGUGCUGAGCCCACUGGCAAGGGCAUGGAUUACAGAGACUGGGUCCGUCGUAGUUAUCUGGAGCUAGUCACCUCCAACCAUCACUCCGUUCAGGCUCUUUCCUGGAGGAAAUUAUACCUGAGCCGAGCCAAGUUGAAAGCUUCCAGCCGUACCUCUGCCCUCCUCUCUGGAUUUGCCAUGGUGGCAAUGGUUGAAGUCCAGCUUGAGAUGCAGUACCAGUAUCCCCAAAUGCUGCUGAUUGCCUUCAGCGCUUGCACCACCAUUUUAGUUGCUGUUCAUCUCUUUGCUCUACUUAUCAGCACUUGCAUCUUGCCCAACGUGGAAGCAGUGAGUAACAUCCACAACCUGAACUCCAUCAGUGAGUCUCCCCAUGAACGUAUGCAUCCUUAUAUAGAGUUGGCAUGGGGCUUCUCCACUGUUUUGGGCAUCCUUCUCUUUCUUGCUGAGGUUGUUCUCCUAUGCUGGAUCAAAUUUCUGCCAGUGGACUCCGUGUUGAGAAAUGAUAAUACUGUUAUCCAGAAGAGCAGCCAGCAUACAGGCUGGCAUGCAGCCCUCAUCUCUACUAUAAUUAUGGUUCCUGUGGGGAUCAUCUUUGUUGUCUUCACGAUCCAUUUCUACCGGUCGCUUGUCCGCCACAAAACAGAGCGCCACAACCGAGAGAUUGAAGAGCUCCACAAACUGAAAGUGCAGCUAGAUGGGCAUGACAGGGGUUUGCAGGUUGUGUGACAAAUGGAUGUCUUUAUGUUCCUAUGUUCAUGUCAGGCUGAGGGUUUUCCUAGCAGAAGCUAAUGGAAAGAGGCAUGAUAGGCUGUUUAGAGGCCUGUCCUUCUCUGAUGCCAAACAUUUUUUAUUUGGUUACUUUUCACUGAGGCCCAGACCUCUCUUUGAUCCUUCAAACUGCAGCCAACAUAACCAUGUUUAUAAAACUGAAGGCUACUUACACCUGGGCAGUUAUUCUUUCCGCUUCCAGAACUUGAAAACAGACUAAAUAGCUGGAUAGUUGUAAUGUAUUUCAUUGCUGUUCAUUUUAGUAUUUUUUGAGGGAAUGCAUGGAAUAAGGGAAAAGUCUGUUUGCCACUGCUCCCUUACUGGCAAGGUUUACAAACAUUACUUUGGAAAUGAGUUUGUACAUCGCAACAUGUUAUGGAAAUUGUG